UCUGUAGCUUUGACAUCAAGAGACAUGAUCAGGAUUAUAAUAGUGUUUCAGUCACUUUACUGGAUUGGAGGAGUUGCAGGAGUAAAUGAUGUCACUCAGUCCCCUACACUCUGGGCUAAAACGGGCGAAUCAGCCACAAUAAACUGCUCACACACCAAGGGUGCAACUUACAGAGAAAUGUACUGGUUCCGUCAGUAUCAUGGAGAGAGCAUGGAGCUCAUAGUGUACACUACCAGCUACACCACUCCGGACUUCGGAAAGUUCGACCAAACCAAAUUCUCAGCUAAUAAAACAGUUCCUGAGAGCGGCUCAUUCACUGUGAAUAAUGUGGAUUAUAGUGACAGCGCUGUGUAUUUCUGUGCCGUGAGAGAACACAGUGUUAUAACCACAGGGCAGAGCUGUUCUGGUGUUUGUUCUGUAAACCAGAAUCCUCCUGAUCUCAUAAAAGCACAAGAUGAGUUGGCUGAGAUCAAAUGUGCUCACACUGUACAGAGCUAUGACCGUAUACUGUGGUACAAACACAACCAGGACACGGGGUUUACACUCAUGGGGUACAUUUAUAGUACUACUACUUUAAAGCCGGAGGAAGAAUUUAAAACCAAGAUCAAACUGAGUGGUGACGGGAGAAACAACGGCUCUUUGACCAUAAACAGUCUCACAGUGAACGACAGUGCUGUGUAUUUCUGUGCAGCUUAUUACACAGUGCUGUAG